AUGCAGAACGUUCCACCGCACCAAGCGGUACGAACCAUUGGGAAAAAUCUCCUGAGCGAGCCACCCAUGGGCUCCAUUAGCAAAAGGCUGGAUGACAUGCUCUCCACGCCUUUCUGCUCUCAUAUCAUUCAUUACGAGCCCCUAAGGGGGUUUCUCGUGCCAAAGUUCUCCACGUACGAUGGGUGCAGUGACCCCUUCGACCAUAUCAUGCAUUAUCGGCAGCUCAUGACCCUCGAUAUAGGCAACGACCCGCUGCUGUGCAAAGUAUUCCCUGCCAGUCUACAAGGACAAGCUCUUUCAUGGUUCCAUCGCCUACCUCCUAACUCGGUAGAUAAUUUCAGAGACCUUUCAGAAGCUUUCGUGGGACAAUACCUAUGUUUCGCUCGGCAUAAGCAAAACAUCAGCACCUUACAAAAUAUAAAAAUGAAGGAUAAUGAAUCCUUGAGGGAAUUCGUGAAACGAUUUGGCCAAGCUAUCCUACAAGUGGAAGCUUGCAGCAUGGACGCUGUCCUACAGAUCUUCAAGCGAUGCAUCUGUCCAGGCACUCCAUUUUUUGAGUCAUUAGCUAAAAAGCCUCCUGUGACGAUGGACGACUUGUUUCGACGUGCAAACAAAUACUCAAUGCUUGAAGAUGACGUACGGGCAGCCACCCAGCAAGUAUUGGUUGCCGGACAGUCGUCCAAGGGUAGUACAGAGGGAAGCACUAAACCUCCGGACAGGCCAAGGCCAUCCAAUCGAAGGCAAGAAGGGCCAAGCCGCCCGGAAAUACCACCCCUCACACCACUCUCUAUAACUUAUGAGAAGCUUCUCCCUAUGAUCCAGAGCAUGUCCGAUUUCAGGUGGCCCAGACCCCUCGGAUCGGAUCCAUCCAGGAGAGAUCAUAGCAAAAAAUGCGCUUACCAUAAGGAGCAUGGCCAUACAAUGGAGACGUGCAGAAGCCUCCAAUAUUUGGUGGAAAGACUUAUAAAGGCGGGACAUUUAAGGCAAUACCUCCGCUCAGAUGCUAGAGAUGGAGACGUCUCCCGGGGCCGCGACUCUGGAGCCCCCGUGGCUCCAGCCGCCCCCAAAGCCGUCAUAAACUACAUUAAUGGAGGCCCAUCGGAUGAAGAGCUCAAUUCCAAGCGGAAAAGGCAGAAGUUGUUACGCGAAGCGAUGGUGCGUGAGCGUAUCAACUCCAUCCGGCCUGGGAUAACCGAAGGGAGCCUUAACCCCAUAGACGGGACAAUCACUUUUCCUCCAGUAGACCCCACGCGGAUAUUACGUCCGCACCAUGAUGCCCUCAUUCUAUCCUUGGGGAUAGACAAAUUUGACGUAAGACGCAUCCUAAUUGACCCAGGCAGCUCAGCCGAUCUGGUGCAAGCAUCAGUCAUAAGCCACAUGGGACACAACUUAGUCGGUCUCGAAAACCCUGGAAGGGUUUUAUCCGGAUUCAACGGGGCAUCAACUAUCUCGUUGGGAGACAUUGUGUUGCCAGUCCAAGCUGGCCCAGUCACUCUCAACGUUCAAUUUUCGGUAGUACAAGAUCUAUCACCCUUCAAUGUUAUCUUGGGACGCACAUGGUUACACUGCAUGAAAGCCAUCCCCUCCACAUAUCAUCAGAUGGUAAGCUUUCUCACUGAAGAUGGGCAAAUCAACCUAUAUGGCAGCCAGCUAGCCGCUCGCCAAUGCUACCAGAUAGCAAAAGAAGCAUGGACCGGUCGGGAGAAUGAACCCCUCCCCGAGUCCACCCAUGCACUCGACCAAUAG